CCGGCGGCGGGGAGGGAGGCUGGGCCCGCCGGAGAGGGAGGCGAGCGGAUCGCUGGGGCUGCUCGGCUCCUGCGCGCCCUCGCGCUCCCCGCCGCCCGCCCAGGCGCAGGCAGGGCGCAGGCGGCGGCGGGCGGCAUGGAGAGCCUGCUGGAGAACCCGGUGCGUGCCGUGCUCUACCUCAAGGAGCUCACGGCCAUCGUGCAGAACCAGCAGAGCCUCAUCCACACCCAGCGCCAGCGCAUCGACGAGCUGGAGCGGCGGCUGGACGAGCUAAGCGCCGAGAACCGCAGCCUGUGGGAGCACCAGCAGCUGCUGCAAGCCCAGCCUCCUCCCGGGCUCGUCGCCCCGUCGCCUGCCCCGCUGCCGGCUACCCCAGCCACCGCCGCCGCCGCGGCCGGGGCCCAGGAACCGGUCCCGAACCACGGACAGCUCCAGCCCGCAGCGCCACAGCCCGCGCCGGAGCAGCCACCGCUUCAGCACCACGGACAGCUCCUGGCGCAGCCCCAGCCGGGCCCCAGCAGCAGGGCUCACGCACCCCAGUCGCCCCACCAGCACCCGGUGGCGCCCGGGGCCGCCGCCGACAAGGAGAAGGAGCGUCCCCCGAGUUGUUGCGCUGCCGCUGGAACCCUCCUUCAGCACAAAUCCCCCGCCGCCCUCGGCAAGGGCGUCCUGAGCAGGAGACCCGAGAAUGAGACCGUGCUGCACCAGUUCUGCUGCCCAGCCGCCGACGCCGAGCAGAAGCCCGCCGGCUCCGACCUGGCCUCUCAAAGUGAUGGCUCCUGCGCCCAGGCCGGUGGGGGCAUGGAGGACUCCGUGGUGGCAGCGGCGGCGGUGGCAGCCGGCAGACCCAGUGCCCAUGUCCCGAAGGCUCAAGCCCAGGAGCUGCAGGAGGAGGAGGAGCGGCCGGGGGCGGGGGGUGCCUCCCCGCGGGCUGGCCCCCACCGCAUGGCCUCCCCCGGCCGGCAGCAGCCUGCCCUGGCGACGGCGCUCUGCUCCCACGCCCCUGCCGCCUCCGAUUACGAGCUCUCCCUUGACCUAAAGAAUAAACAGAUUGAAAUGCUAGAACACAAGUACGGAGGCCACCUGGUGUCCCGGCGCGCCGCUUGCACCAUCCAAACCGCCUUCCGCCAGUACCAGCUCAGCAAGAACUUCGAGAAGAUCCGCAACUCGCUGCUGGAGAGCCGCCUGCCGCGGCGGAUCUCCCUGCGCAAGGUGCGGGCGCCCACGGCCGAGAGCCUGGCGGCCGAGAAGGCGCUCAUGGAGGGCUACGGCCUCAUGGGGCUGCCGCUGGUGCGCUCGCCCUCCCUGCCGCCCACCUUCGCGGGCACGCUCACCGAGCUGGAGGACUCCUUCACCGAGCAGGUGCAGUCCCUGGCCAAGUCCAUCGACGACGCCCUCAGCACCUGGAGCCUCAAAACCAUGUGCUCCCUGCAGGAGAGCGGCGCUUACCAGAUCCACCAGGCCCUGCACGCGGGCGCCGGGCCUCCAGGCCUGGAGGAGCUGCGGGAGACCGACAGUGCCCACCCGGGGCCCGGGGAAGAGGCCACCGAGGCCGCCGGCCUGCCCCAGGGCCACAGCAGCACCCUCAUGAUGGCUUUCCGAGAUGUCACCGUGCAGAUCGCCAACCAGAACAUCUCUGUCUCCUCCUCCACGGCUCUGUCGGUGGCCAACUGUCUGGGCGCCCAGACGGCCCAGACCCCAGCAGAGUCCACCAGCGGCAAAGCCGAGCCAGGCGAUGCCCGGGGACAGGAGGCCCCGGGGGCCACCACCGCGGGGGAGGGGGACGCGUCCGCCGAGAACACGUGCGCAGAGGCCGGAGCUGACGGGGUCCUGCGAGCCAACCGACCUGGGCCGGCAGAGGUGGUGGUGGAGGAGGCGGCGCCCGAGGCCGCGGAGGCAGAGGAGGCCGAGGAGGAAGAGGAGGCAGGGGAGGCGGGGAAAGCGGCCGAGGCUGAGGCCGGCGACCAUUUAGAGCAGCUGAGCAGCAGCAGCACGUCCACCAAGUCCGCCAAGUCGGGCUCGGAAGUGUCAGCCUCGGCCUCCAAGGAAGCCCUGCAGGCCAUGAUCCUGAGCCUGCCGCGCUACCACUGCGAGAACCCGGCCAGCUGCAAGUCGCCCACGCUCUCCACCGACACGCUGCGCAAGCGGCUCUACCGCAUCGGCCUCAACCUCUUCAAUAUAAACCCGGACAAGGGCAUCCAGUUCCUGAUCUCGCGCGGCUUCAUCCCUGACACCCCCAUCGGAGUGGCCCACUUCCUGCUCCAGCGUAAGGGCCUCAGCCGGCAGAUGAUCGGAGAGUUCCUGGGCAACAGCAAGAAGCAGUUCAACCGCGACGUGCUGGACUGCGUGGUGGACGAGAUGGACUUCUCCGGUAUGGAGCUGGACGAGGCCCUGCGCAAGUUCCAGGCACAUAUCCGUGUGCAGGGGGAAGCCCAGAAGGUGGAGCGGCUCAUAGAGGCCUUCAGCCAGCGCUACUGCAUGUGCAACCCCGAGGUGGUGCAGCAGUUCCACAACCCUGACACCAUCUUCAUCCUCGCCUUUGCCGUCAUCCUCCUCAACACCGACAUGUACAGCCCCAACAUUAAGCCGGACCGGAAGAUGAUGCUGGAGGACUUCAUCCGAAAUCUGCGAGGUGUGGAUGACGGCGCCGACAUCCCCAGGGAGCUAGUGGUAGGCAUCUACGAAAGGAUACAGCAGAAGGAGCUCAAGUCCAAUGAGGACCACGUCACGUAUGUCACCAAGGUGGAGAAGUCCAUUGUGGGCAUGAAGACAGUGCUGUCGGUGCCCCAUCGCCGCCUGGUCUGCUGCAGCCGGCUCUUCGAGGUGACGGACGUGAACAAGCUGCAGAAGCAGGCCGCACACCAGAGGGAGGUGUUCCUCUUCAACGACCUGCUGGUGAUUCUCAAACUUUGCCCGAAGAAGAAGAGCUCCUCCACCUAUACCUUCUGCAAGGCAGUUGGCCUGCUGGGCAUGCAGUUCCACCUCUUUGAGAAUGAAUAUUACUCUCAUGGCAUCACGCUGGUGACCCCGCUCUCGGGCUCUGAGAAGAAGCAGCUGUUGCAUUUCUGUGCCCUGGGUUCGGACGAGAUGCAGAAGUUUGUGGAGGACCUGAAGGAAUCCAUCGCUGAGGUGACGGAGCUGGAGCAGAUCCGGAUAGAGUGGGAGCUGGAGAAGCAGCAGGGAGCAAAGACGCUCUCCUUCAGGUCCGGCGGAGCCCAGGGGGACCCACAGUCGAAGCAGGGAUCGCCUACAGGUAUUAAUCAAUGCCUCCCCAGCCCGACUCACCAUUUUACCAAUUUCAAGAGAUACAAUUAAAAGUUACUGCUAGCAUGGGUAUCACCGCUGUUCCAGCGCCUAAUUAAGCCACAGUACUUUCUGCCCCUUCCCCAGCCGGGCUGCCCGCGCUGACCCUCCUGGCCGAGCUCACACCGUGGAGAGGACGCCCAUGACACCUCCAUGGCGAGCCCUCCCAAUCCCGCAGUCCACUUCCCCAGCACACUGCCCACUGCAGCCCUCAUACUUGCUGCCUCAGAGAACCCCACCCACUGCCCCGCAUCCCCCGUCCUCCCGCGGAGGGAGCUUGGGCACCUCCAGAGAAUCACCCCUCAUGUCCGGUCCCCGAGCAGUCAGACCCCUCUUGGAGAAGUUGGAGAGUGGGGGCACCUGGCGGGGGGCAGUUCUCCCUGGAGCAGCUGGUCCGUCUGGAAAGCUGGCAUGGGGGAGGACCGUGUGCAGGAGAAAUGAGGCAGAGUAGGGUCGGGGCUGUCUUGGGGUGUCCCCAGGGGGACAGCCGAUGACUCUGAAGACUGUCCAUGUUGGAUGGAAGGCGAUGCCGUCCCCAGGUCACACCGGGGCAAGGAGUGGCAGCAGCUGGUCCUUGCCAGACUCCCAAGUGUCCCCAGGUUGAGGGUUGUGCAGUUGCCCCUACAAGACUUGCUGGGCCCCAUUCCUCCCCAACUGGCCCCCUGCACCCCAAGGAGCCCCACUCACUGCUUUUCUGCCAGGCCUCCAGGGACCGCUAGCUGCUCACACAGACACCCCCCUUCCCAACUUCCACUCCAAAACCCCACUUUGAGGUCUGAGGGAGGAGCCCUGCCCCCCAGCCUGGCUAAGCUCGGGGAAGCCCCAGAUCCCCCAGGGGAGCCCAGAUUCUCUCUCUCUCCCGGCGGCCCCCACCCCUCACACACCUGUGUCUGGAGGAGGCACCCUUACCGGAGGAGCUUCCUGCCCCAGCAGCUGACAAGCCCCCAGGGUGGGUAUUCCAUCCCCUGCCCCCCCCCACCCCCCAUCUUCCUGCAGCUGCCCAUUCUCUAGCCUUGCAGAUAAACACACGAAGUUACCAGCCCUCCGGGUUGGUCUCCCAACCCUGCCCGUGCCUCAGCCUGACGUGCUUAGGGAGGACAAGCAAUCUGAUGGCCCCGUCUCCCCUCCUACUCUGCCCAGAGGGCCAUGUGGCUAUCUGCAAGGCUGCCACCCUCAGCUAGUCCCAGGGCCCUGCCAGCUCUGCUCCCCUGCACAGAGGGCAGCCUCGCCGCCCCGGGCCCUCAGCUGGACCCUGAGCUCUCGGUCCUCUGCCCUCUCUCUGUCAUUGCCUGGCCCAGCCAGCUCUGGCAGGUGCUUCUCCAUCUUCUCUGAGCUGUUCUGACCUGCUGCUCACGUUCCACCCUCUCUCUGUCUCUCUCUCUCUCUCUCUGUCUCUCUCUUCUUUCAUCAGCUGGGAGGUGAGAAGGGGGUGGGAACGAGAGAAGGGUUUGCUGUCACUUCCUGCUUUUCAUGUAUUGACCAUUAAAGAUAAAGUCUCCAGGCUGGGGUACGGAGGAGAGGGUGCAGACAGUGGAGGUGCAGGGUGAGGCCGGGAGCUGGGCUGCGUGGGGAGCAGCUGAGGAGGAAGAGAAGGAGGGCCCAGUGGCUCUGGACAGGGGCGGCCAAGUGUUUGCCUGGGGAGGGGCAGUGGUCAAGUCUAGUGGGCAAGAACAGAAGGGGAUGAGCCUGCCCCCGCUGUCUCAGGCCACCUUUCUUCUGGGAGAUAACUCAGAACACAAGCAGGUGGGGGAAGGAGCGGGUCCCCUCCAGCACGGUGGACAGAGGCCUUCUGCCCAACUAGGGACCAGAGAGCUCCCCAAGAGGGAGGCGGGCCUCAGCUGUGCCCUCUGCCUGCCCGGUGUCUUGGCAGGGCCGUGAGGGGUGCCGGGGCUCCUUCAUGUUUUGGGGGAAUCUCAGGCCUAGGAAAUGCUGCUGAGUUGGAGGUUGAGAUUGAAGAAUGAAGCCCGCAGCUUGCUCAGCACGGCGGUGGGGCUUGUGACCACUGAAGGGGCAGACAGAACGCAUGUGAAGAGCCUGUGGAGAGGGAAACAGCCCAUCCAGAGUGCACAGACCCAGGAAGGGGGUGGUCCCUAAAGUCACACCUUUUGCCAAUAAAUAGGAUUAGGAUCUGUGGGUUAAGGCUCUGAGAUAGCUUCCAGCUGGGCCAUCCUGGCCUGUGCCUGGGGAUAAGGUCCCCUCCCCUGCAGCCUCCAUUUCCGGCCCUAUGCUCUGAGCAGCGGGUCGUGGUCGCGGUGCCCACAAGCGGCAGGAAGCAUCCUCAGAGGGCAGGGUCUCAGCCGCCCCCCAGAGGGCCCAGGCAUUGGAGGGGAUUGUGCUGUGUCCCAUCUACAGGCUGGGGUGCUGGAGGGAUGAGGAAUUAAACCCCUAGCCUCCCACCCAUUUCCUCCACCUUCCCUUGCUAGUGAGAAGAGGCCAGGCUAGUUCAUAGUGACCUCCAUGGUCUGGGGGAGGCGGCCACCUCCUCAUGCCCCACCCAGGGGGUCCACACUAGAGUCGUUUUGGGAUACCCCUCCUGCAGCGGGACAAAUUUAACCAGGACCCAGGUUGGGCCAGAAAGGCAGCUGGGGACCUGACUGGCCUUGGCUGUCUGGCUGCUCUCAAAUGCGUGCUCAUGGCCUUAGAGAGUCUGGGAGGAUGGGGCAGGUCCAGAUCACCCUGCAGGGGCCCCUGCCACUUUGGGGUUUGGGUGCCCUCAUGAUGUCAACGGUGAUGACGAGCUACCCCUUUUAGAGAGCCGGCGGGAGGAGGGGGCUCGAGAGGCUCACAGAUGCUUGGUUCUGUGUCUGUGUCUAGUCUCCCUUUGUCCUCGACACACCCCUGGGAGGCAGGGAGGGGGCAAAGGCUGUCACCCCUGCUUUUCAAGGUCAGAGUUGGUGGAGAGGGAGAUGGGAAGCCGCCCAGCAGAUCCCUGAAUUCAGACUGCAGAGCUAGGCAGAGCCUUCGAGUCCAUUGGUCCCACCGCCUGUCUCACGAAUGAGGAGACUGAGGCUGCUCAGUGUCGGGGGCAGAACACAGUCUCCUGCUCCACCCAGGGUCAGCACUCCUGGCAGCCCGUUUUCCUCUGGGUGGAAAGAUGGGGCGCAGGCAAAGUGAGGGCUGAGAACACCUGAUGGGCACAGGAGCCGGGGCAGCCGGGAGGGAGGCUCAGGGCAGCC